CGGGUUUUGAGCUUUUGAGCAAGAAGAAAAGGAUACAUACAGAUUCACAACUUUGAUUGACACGUGUGACUCGACUGCAUCUCGUGGUCCUGAUACUCACGACUGAUGAGUCCGAGAAGCGUUCGAAUUGUAAAGAUCGACGAGAAGUCUUCCUCCUUUUGCCUACCUUCUCCAUCAUCCACUCACGAGUCCUGCACUGCAUCCUUGCAGCCGCAGUCUGGCACAAGGCAGCAUGUCGAGGAGCAAGCCCACAAAGCGGACAUUGGACAUUCCCUCCAGGUCUCCCAGUCCGCCGACAGUCACGCCGUCCAUCUCAGGCUCGAACCCGCACGCAGCCGAACCAGAUGUCGAGGGCGGUGUCGAGUACUGGAGAAGCGUCGCUGCUACAGUAGACGGGGUACUAGGAGGGUAUGGAAAGGGAACUCUACCUCGAGUGGACGCCCUGGGAAGUCGCUUGUUCCUACUUGGCGUAUUGCCUAGGUUGGACAAGGUCAGAAGCAGCAAAGAGGAACUCAAUGGAACGCCAGAGAGCAGUCUUGACAGGUCAGCAACGACGGAAAUGCGGACGAGGGGAUUGGAUACGGGCGCUGGGGUCGGACGGGUCAGCAGGGAUGUGCUGAGCAGAUUGCUGCAGCAUGUGGACCUCGUCGAGCCUGCGGAGAAUCUGCUCGCGGAAGCGGUGCGAACUUCUCCGAGCUGGCCAGCCCUGAAAGCCAUCGCCUCUGAUGACAGUAGUGCCUCCUCCUCAUCAAGCACACAAUUGCCUUCUAUCUCCUUUUUCCUUUCCACGCUGCAAGACUGGACGCAAUGUCUCGCCUCUUCGCUGACCGCGCAGCAACACAAACUUCGCGAGGAAGCUCGCUUUGCGCCUGACAAUGUAAGCGGCAACUCAAAGGCGCAGAAGGGUGGAGAUAAAGACGAACAAGUGCUGUACGAUGUUGUCUGGGCUCAGUGGAUGCUACAACAUCUUUCGGACGACGACCUCAUCAAGUUCUUGCAAGCAGCCAAGAAAUCGCUUGUCAGACCUGAUUUAACAAACGGCGCGGUAGCAAAAGAGUCGAGCAAAGGAGCUAUCUUGGAUGGGUCGGGCUGCAUCUUUGUCAAGGAAAAUGUUUGCCAAGAGAAAGAGAGCGGCGAAGAGAAUGUGUGGUUUGACGAGGAGGACAAGAGCAUCACAAGGUCUCGCAAAGCGUUCGAACGAGUAUUCGCAAGUGCGGGGCUGGAAAUUGUCAAGACAGAAGUGCAGCUCGGCUUGCCCGCCGAACUCUUUGCGGUCAGAAUGUGGGCUCUCAGGUGACGUGGCAUCCUUUGGUGCGGUCAAGCACCAAGUAGAUCGCGCGAUCAGCAACAUAAACGUCUUGCGCUCCGUCAACGACCAUGAUCUUGGAGACACCUCUAGCAAUGCCCUGUUCUUGUGCUGCACCCUAUUUUACGUCCACGGCUACGCCGCCUUUAUAUUGGAAAUACCUGAUGGCGUCAUCCGCUGCGGCCAUCAAAGCUUGGACAGCAUUAUCAAGGAGCUCCGAUCUCGCUGAAGCAUUUCUGCUUCACGGCUUGACCUUGCCACCCACGAAGUCCAUUGGCGUGUGGUCUUAGCACUCGCCUACGUUGAGCUGCAAAUUUCUUUCUCGCUCUCAAAAGUCGUGGCUCAUACUCUGCGUCGCGACGAAGCUUCACAGACCAUCACCUCUUCUAGAUCCGAUGGUGCGCAGUGGUGAACUUUGGCUCGUCGGUCUG